UUCCUCCUCACAUCCCUGCACCACAAGCCACCCCUUCACCUCCCCUUCACCUCCCCUUCACCUCCCCGGUAUACCUUGCGCCCCUCAGGCUGACUGCCAGUCUGAAUAAUCAGACCACCUCUCCCUCUACACAAGUCAGCCGUUAUCUUCUUCCCCUCCACCUGCCUUCCUUUCUGAUACCAUUUUGAGUUUUUUUUUGCUGAUAGAACCCCCGUGGAGGUCUGCAGGAACACCAUGGGCAUCCUGAGGUGCUUGAUACUCCUGCUGGUAAUUUAUCACCUGUCUGAGGGAAGGAGGACAAGAGGGAAUGGAACAGACAACAGAGAAACAAGAGGACAACGUAGAGUGAAGGCUCCGUACGUGCAGAGAUCCAGCUUCCUGUUGUACUCCGACGGGGACUCUGUGGAGGAAGCCUGCCCAAUCCUGCCCUUUCAGCCUCACACUCUGGAGUCCUGCCAGUUCAAUGCCAGCAACCCCUUAAUCAUCAUCAUCCACGGAUGGUCGGUGGACGGGAUGAUGGAACAUUGGGUGCCCAAGCUGGCCAGGACCCUGAAGUCCUCCCUGAGGGACGUCAAUGUGCUGAUCACUGACUGGAUUCCCCUGGCCCACCAGCACUACCCCAUCGCAGCUCAAAACACCCGAGUGGUGGGAAGGGAGAUUGGACGCCUUCUGCAGUGGCUGGAGGAGCGCUCUCACUUUCCUCCAGAGAAAGCUCAUCUGAUUGGAUAUAGUUUGGGUGCCCAUGUCUCAGGGUUUGCUGGGAGCUACUUCACUGGAUCCAGCAAAAUCGGACGAAUCACAGGCUUGGACCCUGCAGGCCCGCUGUUUGAGGGGAUGUCCUACACUGACAGGUUGUCUCCUGAUGACGCCAUAUUUGUGGACGCCAUCCACACCUUUACCCAGGAGCACUUGGGGCUGAGCGUGGGCAUUAAGCAGCCGGUGGCCCACUUUGACUUUUACCCCAACGGUGGGACCUCCCAACCAGGCUGCCACUUCAAGAACCUGUAUGAGCACAUAUCGCAGUAUGGACUGCUGGGCUUCCAGCAGACGAUGAAGUGUGCCCACGAGCGCUCCGUCCACCUCUUCAUCGACUCCCUGCUGCACGAGGACAAGCAGAGCACCGCCUACCACUGCAAGGACGACAGCUCCUUCGACAAGGGCGUGUGCCUGGACUGCAGGAGGAACCGCUGCAACACCCUGGGCUACAACAUCAAGCGCGUGCGCACGGGCACCAGCAAGAGGCUCUUCCUGAAAACGCGCUCCCGAAUGCCCUACAAAGUCUAUCACUAUCAAUUCAAGAUUCAAUUCCUGAACCAGAUCGAGCACAUUGAACCUUCCCUGACCAUCUCUCUCAUCGGGACCAAGCAUGAGAAUGAGAACCUGCCCAUCACUUUUGUGGAAGAGAUCUCUGGUAACAAGACCUACACCUUUCUGAUCACACUGGACUCGGACAUCGGGGAGCUGCUGAUGCUGAAAUUCCACUGGGAGGGCAGCGCCGUGUGGGCAAACCUGUGGAAUAAGAUGCAGACCAUCAUGCCCUGGAGCAAGAGGAGGAAGGCCCCCGAGCUGACCGUGGGCAAGAUCCGCGUCAAGUCAGGAGAGACUCAGAAAAAGACGUCAUUCUGUGCGCAGACAGACGAUGCAAAACAUAUCCCGGCGUCACAGGAAAAGGUGUUUGUGCGCUGUGAGCGCGCUCGCGGACGGUCACACGGAAGAAUGUACAGCUGAUACGAGGGACGCCAGUGAAGCACGGUGACUCAAGAAACACAAAAACUGUCUGAAGUUAUAAGGAUAAAGUCUCCUUCCAAAGGGAUCCACUGUAGGUUAUGUUGUUCAUAUUUUGUGUGUGAUUGUUUUUCACUGCCUUUUGCAAAAUACAUAUACAUAUCUACAGAUAUAUAUAUAUAUAUAUGCUUUUUUAAAAAAGGUAAUAUUUUGUGUGCAUUUAUACAUCUACAUAAAUACAUGCACAUGCCAUACACACAAAUUAUAAAGACAAAGGCUUGCGGAGUAGGCUCGAGCAGGAGUACAUUUAUAUGAAUUAAGCUAACCUUAAAGGGGGCAAGGUAAGCUGUAUAUCUGACUCUUCCCAGUGGCUGUUGCCAACCAUAUGCCAGUGGACGGUAUGGAAUGGUGAGUACAGUAAAAUCACCUGCAUCCAAACAAGAUUAAACGUUUGUCAGGUUGAAGAAACGCCCAUUUCAUUGCCCAAAUUCCCAUGGCUGGUCCUUAAAAUUUUGGUCUCGCCUGGCUUCCUGCACCAAAAUCAAUUUUCCAGAUCAAUGGUCAGUUGCCUUCAGUGAAUCAGACCCAAAAUUGCAAGCUUUAGCCAGAGCUAGAAACUUUCAACAUGUAAUAAUCCACAAAACCAAGAAUAAACGUUAAAAUGAAAAAUCGGUGAACCUCUCUUUGAAAAUUUCACAGUUGACUUCAGCAGGUGCACAUUUGCAUGCACCAACUAAUACAAGAAUUCUCUAAACAGGUGGUUGCCAAACCUCUCCUUGGACACCCCCAGCCAGAUUCAGGACUUUGUGUUCCACCUCAGGUACACCUGACGCAACUAAUCAAGGGCUUGAUUAGUUAUAUCAGGUGUGCUUGAGGUGAAACGCGUCAAAUACCUGGAUCCAGCUGGGGACACCUGAGAGGUUUGGGAAUCCCUGCUCUAAACCACCUCCUCAGCAUCACUGCACCCGGUAUUACUGCAGUGAACCCUCCAAACAGACAUGGCAACGGUGAUAUAAUGCAUCACCUUCUUUUGGCUCGAUUUAACUCCUCCUAAUGCAGAUCCUCUCGCUCACAAGCUUUCACACAGUAUUUCUUUAGUGUCUCUUGGGGAUGCAAGCAAAAAUAAUGAUUAGUUAUGUCUGUGGGGAAGUGAAAACAGGCCACCAGGGCCUAACCAAGCCAGCCAUCCUGAACAGAGGAAAUUAAUUACUUUCAAAUCUACCACCAUCGUCAGUUCUGUCCCGGACUGCUCACUAUGCAAAGGACAAGCGGGAUGCUGCACGCAUACCUAUAUAGGUCUAUGUACACAUAUAUGUGUAUGUACACAUGUAUGGGCAGUACACUGCAUGUGCACACGCAGGACCUGUAUGGAAUUUCACCGAAUAGAUUAACUAUUUUAUAUAACUCUCAGCUACAAGCUAUCACUCAAAGGGGGAAAAAUAUACAGUUCAGCCAUUUAAAAAUAAAGCUGUCAACACAA